GCAUCUCAGCCUUUAGGGCCAGGCUGCACGGGGUUCAUUGACCACAACGUCCGCUUCAAAUUGGCAUUGCCCGGCUAACGACGCUCGGUAGGAACCGUGUAUCGAUUCUUCAGGGAGCGCUGCGUCCGAUCCUCAUCGCUAACUAAUCACGGCGCUGGACAUUCGAAGUGAACAGCAGGUCUCUAAAUGGAUUAAGUAAUUGUGUUGAAGGGGUCCAUUUCUCGGUUAAUACUAAGGGGCGAGUCUCCAGGGGAAAUACUAAAGAACCAGUGUAUAACAAGGAAAUCAAGGCGAAGUCUAUCUAGUAUCGGACUGUUGGAACGUCUGUUGGUGUCCAAAGUGGAUUUUGUGUACUUUUCUGGAAAUAAAGCCCCCGAAAAGUAAGGAUAAUUCAACGAAACUAUCUUCAAGCGCCCUUCUGAAUAAGUGUCGCUAAUAACAGACCCCCCAAAUCACCAAGGAACAGGAGAGACUGUCAGUGAAAGUAGACUGGGCGAUCGGAAAGGAAAAUGCUUCUUGCUAUUAUUGCCCUUAUACAAGUUUUCAUUUAAUGUCAGUGACAGCGAAACCUAAAAAAAAACCCUCGUGCUAAAUUCAGGAGGCGAACACGGAUCCAUUCCUUCGAUUCCAAUUACCUUCCUCAGUCCAAUGCAACGGUCAAUGCACAAAAAGAAUUUUAGCGUGAAGGAAAAGAGGAAUACUGAAGAAAUAAAAGCAGUGUUCUCGCUUGACAAAACGCCAUGAUGUUUGCAUCGGAAAUUACAUCUAUCAUGUGAUUAUAUGCAUAUUAACCUAACAGUCCCAUUUAAGAUGACGAAUUAUGAGGGUGUAAUUCCCUGGAAAGGCCAAUUCCAUGCGCAAAUGUCAUCCUUAUUGUUUGAAGAAGCUGGAAUCAGCGAUUACCAUGAGGCUUGGAGAAGAAAUUAUCUUUGCUGAGGGUGGUGGACUCCGGGAACAUAUAUGAACGUGCCUCACAGUCGAUUGAGUAAUUCUCCGGCCACAGAACAGUUUUAUCGAACUAGUAGCAGCAUAAAGACAGUAGACGGUUCUUGCUGCUCCUUAAGGGUGCGCUAAGGUACGAACAAGACCAAACCAGCUUUUUUUGUUGCGAAGGUUAUUCUUACCAAUCUAUCUAGUAGGAUUUCAGCAGAUUUGUUGAGAUACAGAGCCAUCAGCAGCCAGAAAUACUCAGUUAGUUACUGAUAGUCCAGUUGAUAGGGAUCAUUCAGAAGGUUAAUUAUAUCGUUAAGGGAUCUCUCCUGGCGCAAAAUCGCUGUGUAACUAUACAGGUGCGAUGCAACUGAUAUUGUGGACUCCAGCCCCGGAGAUUAAAUGAUUUAUCAAGAGCGCUUACGUGUUCGUAAACAAAACUGAAGCAGAAAAGCAGAAACAUUAUUGUAAGCAAAUCUCUAUUGCUGCACUAAGAAUGCAGGUAUAGCUUCAGAGUUUGCCCCAACUUUGACCUCGGCAUGCCUAUGUUUUUCCUAAUGAAGAUACAAGGUAAACCUCUUAACACUAUCAAAUAUUUCAACUGAAAGAAGUAGUUUCACAGCUGGACGUUGGGUUGUAAAAAAAGCGCUGACUUUCAUCCGUGAAGCACCCUCAGCCUUCAUAUCUUGAGACGCUUUCUCUUCAAGAGAGGCUUGAUUGGUUAUUUUUGUUUACAAGUGACAGCGACUAAGUGUUAUCCGUUAAACUGUCGAAUGGAAUUCAUCGCAUCUUAAAUCAUUAAGGAUAUAGCCUUUAGCUGAGAACGGUAUGGUGUCAAAGCACAUUGAUUCGGCGUAAAGCAGGACAGACCAAGCACUUGCUCGUAACACCCGAAGUAUUGUGACGUGUGUUAAUGCAGUCCUCUCCAAGGAGACUUUGAAGACGAACCAUUUACAGGCCUAAAACACAAUUAAGAAGAAGAUACAUGUUACACGUAUGAGUGUGUCACUAAAGGACUUUUAUGACAUAUUGCGUUGGUCUUUGUGAAACAUACGUUCUUUAGGACAAUUACCGAGGACAAGUUUACAGAACCAAAAUUUAAACUAAGUCUGUGGGCAAACAUCAUUAGAGUUGCAGUAACAUGCGAGGCGGUUCUAUUCAUUUUGAUCAUUAGGAAAAUUGUGCUUGACUGUCUGUAAAUAAAUAUUUAUGUGACUCGUUACUAAAAAAUAGGCUGCAUUGGUUCAUCUUCUCAUUAAUGCGACCCACGAACAUGGCUAUUCGUUUUAAUGUUUCUAUACCUGCCGCAUACGCCGUUCUCGAGGACGUGGUAUACGUGUCGCAUAUUAAUGACACCAAGUUAGUAACCGAAGGUUCGUCCACCGGCAAUGGCACAGAAGGGUAUGACACAGAAGAUAUCAGCAACCUUGUCGUGGCUGUAUUGUUUUCCAUAAUUGUUGCAGUUGGAUUUUUGGGAAACCUGUUGGUUUUGUUAGUGAUUUUUACCAACAAACCCAUGCGGAACACGACGAACAUUCUCAUCGCUAAUUUGGCAAUAGCGGACCUUAUUUUUAUCAUCAUAUGCGUGCCGUUUACGGCAGCCAUGUUUAUCUUGAAAUACUGGCCCUUUGGCGACUUUUGGUGUCAUUUCGUGUACUACAUUAUAUACGUGAGUGCCUGGGCUAGCAUUUAUACCAUGGUUCUGAUGGCCCUGGAUAGGUUUCUGACAUUGGUACUUGUGUUCCGUUCACUUACCCUGAAAACGGAGAGGAACACUUACAUUGUGAUCAUUGUCUUAUGGGUGGUGAUAUUACUUAUCAAUAUACCGGCGUAUAACGAACAUGGUAUUUAUGUUUAUGAAAACGCCACGCGGCAACGCUGUUUAGACAUCAACCUUGCACACAAUCGAGAGUUUGACGCACAAGUAUUCUAUACCUGUUUCUGCCUGUUUGGCUAUGCCCUACCAUUAACUUUGACCAUUGUUCUGUACCUUCUGAUAGUACGUAAACUAUACGUCUCCAAUUCACCAGAACGGACUGGCUCCGGUCAGAUGAGCAGAGCUAGGCGGCAACUGACCCAUGUAGUAGUUAUAGUGACGGCCGCCUUUGCGAUUUGUUGGCUUCCGAUCCAUAUUGCUUUUAUUCUGAAGGUUUACUGGGGAGUUCCACAGGACGCUGUGAGCGCUUUUAUCUAUUUCCAAAUCUCCGCUCAGUGUUUAGCGUACAUGAACAGUUGUAUGAACCCUAUACUGUAUGCCUUCGUGUAUUCUAAAUUCAGGCGAGGCUUUCAGAAACUUCUCUGUUGCCGUCGAGGAGCGCAGUUUAAUUUUAACGUUGAGACAACUGUGCGCCGGUGGAGGGGCAGCUCAAGAGGGAACUCCAUACGGCAGAUGGCCAAAGACGAACGCUAUCCCCUGAACCACGUCCAUCAUUUAACCACUCUCGAUUGUUCUGAGAGGGUCAGUUAAGGUAUAUGCCAAUGCACACUGUGUUGUGUAUGUGUGGUUGUACAUAUACAGACUUGCUUUCUGAAGUCGAACUAUUCGCAAAUCAGUCAAGGACUUAAACUAUGUAUGAUAGCGUGUGAACGUGAAAAAUUCUAGGUGUUGAAUGAAGUGCUAUUUACGAAAAGCUGUUAGUGGUUAUUAUGUUGGAUAACAUAUUAUUAUUAUUAUUUCACUAAUGUAUGAUAUUGUCGUUGAAUAUGUUGCUUCUUUAA